AAUUUGGUAAAAAUAUAAGAAAUUAUAGAAUAUUCAAUCGUAAACAGAGCAACAUAGUUUAAUAGUGUCAGUUUAGUAAGCCGACAGUUGUCAGUAAAAGUAAAAGUGUUUCUAGAAGCACGCGCGUUCGUCAAUCUCGAUUUUUCUUUUCUGAGUUUUUUAUUUUUCUGAUUUAACGGAGGAAUGACUUCCCCACGCUUUAAGACUCCGCUCCGACGAUCAGCGGCGGGAAUGUACCACGGCGACGUGUCCCGCGUGCUGACCCCGCUGCUCGACAACGAGGUGGAAAGGCGAGCAGCCUGUCGCCGCUCUCUCUUCCAGCAUCAACAGUGCCAAAGCAAUCAGGAGUCCAUCGAGGACAACGAGACGAUCAAAAACUGCCUGGAGAUCUACAAUGGCAACAAGCUGAGCAAGGACAAUGCCUGGAAUCUUACUCUCAUCGACUCGCUGGCCAAUCUGCUGGAGCACCAUCACAAGCGGAUGAGCAACUUCAAGAUGGCGGCAUCCUCACUGGAGGCCUCUUCCAAGGUUUAUGGUCUGCGGGUUGAUUCCAUCUACCUGGAUGCCAUGCGCAUUUCAGCCGGCCUGAGUGCCCGCACUCUCACGGAUAAGCAACUGAACGCUGCCGAGGAUGACGAUGGACCCCAAGCCGAUCAGGCGGCUGGUGAGGGGCAAGAUCCAGCAGAACAAGCUCAAGAAAAAGCAGCAGCCAAGCCCAAAAGGCAGAAGAAGCCUAUGUCCACCGUCACCAAGAACAAGGACACACUUAAUAGCCGCCUAGAUACGACACCCUUGCAGGAUCCCGUGUUUGGCAAACUCAACUCUACAGUGGGCUCCAUUGAUGCCUCAAAUCGCCUAAUGCACAACAUUCUGCCCAGUUUGGACUCGGAGUUGCGCUUGCGCACCACGUACAGUUUCUGGAACAGCGAAGAGUCCAACGAGGAGGUCCAGGAUCACACUACUCUUAACGCAGACAUGGAACAGUGGCCGGCUGAAUCGCUGAUGGGCACUACCUUCAUGCGGAAACUGCUUCCCCAUGCUGAAAGAUCAAAUUUGCGCCCGCUGCACACUGGCUACAUUAUCACAAGUGCUCCUAAUCCAAAGGCUUCCAACGACAAGCCCGCAGAGCCCAUGCAGGAUGAAGAUCAGCAUGAUGAGGGGCUGGAUAAUGCCGACGAUAUGUGUGUAAACGAGAUUUCCAUGGCCUUCGACAUCAACGCCGAGUGUGAGCCCAUGCCCGACUUGGAUGGACCUCCUCUGGUACUGGAAGUGGACCACAAUGAGCUGGACGAGCUCACCACCGAGGAGCAAAUGGUGCUUAAAAGCUGUAGUCGGCUGCAAAAACCGACGGAGUUUCUCAAGGAUUUGCGACCAGUAGACGGAAACUCAAAGCUAGAGUAUUGCUACAGGCCGAUGGAGAAGAUUUCUCAGUUUUGGGCCGGACCCUCACAUUGGAAGUUCAAGCGCACCAGCACAGUUCCGCAGGACAACCAGGCUGUUCGCAGGGAACGACCCAAGAUGUCGUCGAAUCAAAACGUCAACCGUAGAGCCAAGGCUGUUGCUUAUGAUAAUGUGACUGAGGGCUCCUUUGAACAGCAGGAUUCUUCCGAUUUUACCAAAAAGCAGCGCCGAGUGAAUUUCAAAAAGUGGGACCACAGAAAACUGAUGUUGCCAACACACUUCAAUUUGGACCCGGACCUCUUCUUUAAAUACGAUUCGGCACCCAGCAUAAAGUUGUCGAAGCGCUUCGGAGAGCCUGAAUCGGAUGAGGGUGGAGAUCUUGGGAUCGAUAUGGAUGCUGACAUGCGUCUUAGUGAAGAUAACGACCAGGAUCUGUUCAAUAACGAUAUUUUUACUGAUGCUGUUCCCGCCGACGUGAGCGUUAUUGAGGCGAUGGCCACUGAAGGAUCCAAAGGCAUGUUGGGUGCGGAUGAUAUGAGUCUAACCAAGAUGAAUGCUACCUGUGAUAACUCAGUCUGGGAAAUCGGCACUGAGUUCGAGGGUGCUCCGCCGCAGGUUACCAAAGUAAACAUUCCAUUCGCGAAGCAAGCCAAGGUGAUCGACAUGAAAAAUCUAAAAAAAUCCUGCAACUCCCUGAUUCAGGAACAACUUUCAAUCGAUGUCCCCGAGGAGUCGAUACCCUCGCAUCCAAGGAAACAGAAUGAACAAUAUGCCAAGGGUGUCGCAAGUUUCCAGGAGGUGUACGAAAAAUUGCCCAACCAUCUGACCCCCAAAAUGGCGGAUUCGUUGUCUCCGGCGGUUGCUUUCUAUUCGGUACUGCAUUUGGCCAACGAUUCUAAGCUGCGCCUUAUUCCACAAGAAGACUUGAAGGACUUUAAAAUCCGUAAAAUCUUGGACUAAAUACUUUGAAUAAUUUUCUAAUUUAACAAAUUUAUUUUUCUCUAUCUCUGUUAAAUUUCUAAUAUUAAUUCAUAAAAUAAGAACCUUGACUCAUUUAAUAAGUCCAAUCAAA